GCACGAUUCAAUUAAAGCUACUCACAUAAUCAUCAAAUGGCAUACACUAAGCCUUUCCCCUUGUUUUCCCAACUCUUUGCAACUUUUGUUCUUGUUACUUCUCUUGUCUCGGCUCGCGACGUAUCAGCUCAAGAAACACAGGUAGCAGAAAAUGUUGUUGGCCUCAAUGGACGUGGUGGAUACAAUAAGCCUCGUCCACCUGUUCAAGAAAGUGCGGUGGGUCUUGAUGGACGGGGAGGAUACAACACGCCUCGUCCACCUGUUCAAGAAAGUGCGGUGGGUCUUGAUGGACGGGGAGGAUACAACACGCCUCGUCCACCUGUUCAAGAAAGUGCGGUGGGUCUUGAUGGACGGGGAGGAUACAACAAGCCUCGUCCACCUGUUCAAGAAAACGCGGUGGGUCUUGAUGGACGGGGAGGAUACAACAAGCCCCGUCCACCUAUUCAAGAAAGCUCGGUGAAUCUUGAUGGACGGGGAGGAUACAACAAGCCUCGUCCACCUGUUCAAGAAAGCUCGGUUGGUUUAGAUGGACGAGGAGGAUACAACAAGCCCCGUCCACCCGUGGAAGAAAGCCAUGUUAGCCUUGAUGGGCGUGGAGGAUAUAAUAAACCUCAUCCUCCCGUAGAAGAAAGAACCACAAACUUCUAUGAAAGUGUUUGGUAUGGUGGAGAUGUUAGCCUGAAUGGUCGUGGUGGAUAUAACAAGCCCCAUCCACCUGUUCAAGAAAGCGCGGUGGUACUUGAUGGACGGGGAGGAUACAACAAGCCCCGUCCACCUGUUCAAGAAAGCGCCUUGAAUUUAGAUGGUCGAGGAGGAUACAACAAGCCUCGUCCACCUGUACAAGAAAACGUGGUGGGUCUUGAUGGUCGGGGAGGAUACAACAAGCCUCGUCCACCUGUACAAGAAAGCGCGGUGGGUCUUGAUGGACGGGGAGGAUACAACAAGCCUCGUCCACCUGUUCAAGAAAGCGCGGUGGGUCUUGAUGGAAGGGGAGGAUACAACAAGCCUCGUCCACCUAUACAAGAAAGCGCGGUGGGUCUUGAUGGAUGGGGAGGAUACAACAAGCCUCGUCCUCCUGUUCAAGAAAGCACGGUGGGUCUUGAUGGACGGGGAGGAUACAACAAGCCUCGUCCACCUGUACAAGAAAGCGCGGUGGUUCUUGAUGGACGGGGAGGAUACAACAAGCCUCGUCCACCUGUACAAGAAAGCGCGGUGGGUCUUGAUGGACGGGGAGGAUACAACAAGCCUCGUCCACAUGUACAAGAAAGCGCGGUGGGUCUUGAUGGUCGGGGAGGAUACAACAAGCCUCGUCCACCUGUUCAAGAAAGCGCGGUGGAUCUUGAUGGACAUGGAGGAUACAACAAGCAUCGUCCACCUGUACAAGAAAGCGCGGUGGGUCUUGAUGGACGGGGAGGAUACAACAAGCCUCGUCCACCUGUUCAAGAAAGCGCGGUGGGUCUUGAUGGACAUGGAGGAUACAACAAGCCUCGUCCACCUGUACAAGAAAGCGCGGUGGGUCUUGAUGGACGGGGAGGAUACAACAAGCCUCGUCCACCUGUUCAGGAUAGCGCAGUGGGUCUUGAUGGACGAGGAGGAUAUAACAAGCCCCGUCCACCCAUGAAAGAAAGCCAUGUUAGCCUUGAUGGGCGUGGAGGAUAUAACAAACCUCAUCCUCCCGUCGAAGAAAGCACCACAAACUUCUAUGAAGGUGUUGGGUAUGGUGGAGAUGUUAGCCUGAAUGGUCGUGGUGGAUAUAAUAGACCUCAUCCUCCAUCUAAAAAUGUUGGCGAGGUAGAGGAAAAUGCAUAAGAAUCGGAAAAUGUUUAACGCUAGUGCGUCCCAAAGCCAGAAUAAUAUAUGUCCAGAAAUCCAGCAUUGCUAGUGGUGUUACGUACUAGUACUAUUCCAGAUGUAUCCUAAGCAAAAUUAAGUACAUAACAAUAAAACAAAAAGAUCGAAUGUAUAAUAAUUCUAGCUAGUGGAACAAGUGUAGUCGUCUGUACUAGUAUGAUUUUCUUUAUUUUGUUGCAUCUUGUAGCAUAUACUUUGUACUACGCAGUAGUAAAAAGUAAAAUAAUAUAUGAAGCAUAAAUGUUUUAAGGAA